AUGUUCUUCGAUCCAGAGUUCCAAACUUUGGCCCCACUUCAGAGUCCAAGCCCUGGCCUUGAAUGUGUAGCACCGAGAUAUGGCGGUUUCGAGGAUCUUUCGGGUGGGAAUAUAUUUGCCGAGGCUUGUGGGGCAAUGAGAUCAAAAGGGUACUCUGUGAUGGCUUCUUUUCUUGGGAGUUUCAGCGAGUACCCUUCGAUCUUUCUGUGGCAUGUCGUUCCAUGCAAGCUCUCGGCCAGUGAUCUACUGGACUUCAACAAUGGGACAUUGGUGCAUACUCGUCUGGAAGGAUUUGUUAUCGAGAUCACGAGAAUUGGUGACGCUUUGAUGCUUAACGGAGAUCCAAUGACUUUGCCGGACAUUUACACGAGCGAGUGGCUCAGCGUCCAUGUUGUUCUUGAUGUCAUCGCAGCAAGAGAAGGCAGACAGACUGGGAUGGAAGCUUCAUCUAAAAGUGGCAGAGUCUAG